AUGGCCGAAACGAAAUUGAUUCCAGGGUUUCGGUUUCAUCCCACUGAUGUUGAGCUGAUUAUGUAUUUUCUCAAGAGGAAGAUUAUUGGUAGGAAGUUCCCUUUUGAUGUCAUUGCUGAACUUGACAUUUACAAGUAUGCUCCAUGGGAUCUUCCAGAUAAAUCUUUGCUCAAAAGUGGGGAUUUGAAAUGGUACUUCUUUAGCCCUGUAGGGAAGAAAUAUUGCACUGGAGGGAGGAUGAAUCGAGCGACUGAAAUUGGGUACUGGAAGACUACAGGGAAGGAUAGAGCUGUUGAACAUAAGAAUCGAGUGGUGGGGAUGAUAAGAACACUGGUGUUUCACAUUGGUAAAGCUCCUAAAGGAGACCGAACUGAUUGGGUAAUGCAUGAAUUCAGACUUGAAGACAAAGACUUAGCUGACAAAGGCAUUUCACAGAAUUCCUACGUAAUUUGUAGGGUAUUUCAAAAAGAGGGUCCUGGUCCAAGGAAUGGUGCACAGUAUGGUAAACCAUUUAAUGAGAAAGACUGGGACAGUGAAGAGGAAAUUGAUUGUUUACAAUCUGUCCCUGCUGCUGCUGCUGUGUCUUUACCAGCUCCAAUUCUACCUAGCUCAAGCCAUAUUUCUGUAGCAAAUGACAUGCAUCCCUCAACAAGUGGAUGCAUUGCACCGAACUCUUUAUCAUGUCUAUCAAGAUUAAUGCCCUCUGGCUUGCUGCACCCUUCAGCUCCAAGCACUCAAGUUGAUGAUGACAUUUUAUCCAUGCUUGCUAUUUUCAAAGACGAUGAUACAUUGGCAGCGAAUGAAAACAAUGGAUCUGAGUGCCAUGGCGGUUGCCAUUCUCGCGAAGCCAACAGUGGUGAUGGCAGAUUGAAAGCCAGCAGGAGAAAAAAAAGAGAAAUGGAUAUCACGAGUCACUACUAA